AUCUGACCUAUAUAUACACUCUACCUCUCUAAUUUUUCAAAUAUCUAUAUGGUUUCAUUACACGCAUCUCCAUAUUCCGAUUUCAACACCCAAAUAAGCAUACAAUUAUAAAAAGAAAAGAAAAAAAAGAUAAAGAUCGCACUACUAAUUACAUUUGAUUACUCCUCAAAACACCAUCACCAUUCACCAUUAUCUCUAACCCCCCCUCUGGCAUUUCAACAAACAGUUGCCGUGCAUCUUCUUUUCUUUAUGUGUUAAGAUUAGAAUGAUGGGCAUCAUUUGGGGCUGGACUGCCGCCGCCCUCCUCCUCCUCCUCCUCUCCGCCGCCUCCGCCGAUCCCAACGACGAGCGCUGCCUCACCCACCUCAGCCAGUCUCUGCAGGAUCCCCUCAGAAAUCUCCAGAACUGGACGAAAUCCACCUUUGCCAACCCUUGCCAGGGAUUCACCUCCUUCCUCGAGGGCGCCAUCUGCAACAACGGCCGCAUCUAUAAGCUCUCUCUCUCUAACCUCUCUCUCAAGGGCUCCAUUUCCCCCUUCCUCUCCAAUUGCACCAAUCUCCAAGCACUCGACCUCUCUUCCAAUCAGCUCUCCGGCCCCAUCCCCCCCGACCUCCAGUAUCUAGUCAACCUCGCUGUCCUCAAUCUCUCCGCCAAUCACCUCUCCGGCGACAUCCCGCAACAAUUGGCCCUCUGUGCCUACCUCAACGUCAUCGAUCUCCACGAUAACCAGUUCUCGGGUCUAAUUCCGCAGCAGCUAGGGCUUCUGGUCAGGCUCUCCGUCUUCGAUGUCUCAAACAACAAAUUAUCCGGUCCGAUUCCGUCGUCGCUCGGGAACCGGAGCGGCAACUUGCCUCGCUUCAAUGCCAGCUCAUACGCCGGGAAUAAAGGCCUCUACGGCUACCCCUUGCCGCCGAUGAAGAGCAGCGGGCUCUCCGUCCUCGCAAUCGUCGGGAUCGGGCUCGGCAGCGGGCUUCUCAGCUUGAUUCUCAGCUUCACCGCCGUCUGCGUUUGGCUGAGAGUGACUGAUAAGAAAUCGGAAAACGAUGAAGGAAAAAUCAGCCAGCUUAUGCCCGAUUACUGAGAUCGAUCGCCAUUCAUUAAUUGCUCGGAUUUGAUUGAAUUUUGCAGUACAAAUAUGUAAAGCAAUGAAUGAAUUUUGGAGUUUUCAAUGCCAUCUCUCUCUCCCAGCCAGAAAUGUUGGGUCCAUAAUUGAAGGUAAGAAGUAAUCAUAUGGAAAUAUCUCCUUUUCCACUUUGGAGUUGGGACUCUCUACCAAUUUCCUCUUCUUUCGUUUUUUUCAAUUUCAUUCCAUCCAUAAGCUUUGUUAAUUUUGUAAAUAUUCAAUAAAAUAACUAUUCAGUCCAAAUUUUCUUGCGGAGACAUUCAGUCAACUCUUAUGAUUUCAUUA